AUGUCACUCUCUUCAGCUGUACAGGGGGCCAGGCAUUCCAACCAGAACCUGUUUCGAGGGUGCUCUUCGUUCCGUCGCUUCUCAGUACACCAUUGUCGACGUUCAGUGGCCGAUUCCUCCGCCACAUCCAUUGCAGCAUCAUUCUUGUCGCGCUUCCAGUCCCUGGGACCGCAAACUCGCUCACAAUUUCUUGACGCCAAUCAGCUGCAGCUUUUGUCACUCACAUUGAACCGUCCAUCUCUAUAUCCUGACACCCCAUCGUUGAGCAAUGCUUCAACCUCAAUACCUGCAGGCACGCCCCUUCCGCCAGGCUAUCACUUAGUUUACUUCACUCCUGCGUUUCUGGAAGAUGAAUUAGGUGCGGACGGUACUGACGCCUCUUACAACCCAGAGACUCCAUUCACCCGGCGCAUGUGGGCAGGCGGCGAGGUGCACUGGCCGCGUGCCGCAGAUGGGAGCCCUAACCCAUUGCUUGUGGGUCAAGAAGUGCAAGAAACUACGAGAGUACUAAGUGCCGAGCCCAAGGUUGUACGUAAGACCGGAGAGGAAAUGAUCGUAGUGGGCGUAGAGAAGGAGUUUCGCAACGAGCAUGGCGUGGCUGUUAUUGAUCGUCGGAACUGGGUCUUCCGUAAAGCACUAGCUGUGCCAUCUGUAUCUUCUAAGACAACAAAUAACCCGGCGCCAUUGCCUUCGGCACCAGCCUCCUCGUCAACUGUCUCAACGGCUAAGACUCACAUCCGUACCUUGAGACAGACAGCCGUUACUCUUUUUCGGUUUUCGGCGUUGACUUUCAACCCUCACAAGAUCCACUAUUCGACUCCAUGGGCCCAGCAGAUGGAGGGACAUAGGGAUAUCGUCGUCCACGGCCCACUUAACUUGAUCUCGAUCUUGGAUCUCUGGAGAGACACACGGUCAAACAAGAGUGACCCUGCUUCGAUGCUCCCAGAGAGCAUUACGUACCGGGCGACGAGUCCUUUAUACGCAGAGGACAAGUACCAGAUUGUGCUCGAUGAGGAGGAGGGACUUGGUGUAGGGGCAGUGCAAAUUCUUGCUCCUGGCGGACAAGUUGCGAUGAAGGCCGAAGUCAGGUCGGCUAAAUGA